CGGGCGCGGGGGCGGAUAAAAGGGCCGGGCGGGAGGCGGCCGCGCCCCGAGCCGAGGUCACCCACCCACCCGGCAGGGUCCUGCAGGACGGGGGACGCCGCGGCACCAUGGCAGCGCUGCAGAGCGAAGGGGAGGCCCAGAAGCUGCGGUUCGGGCCCUGGCUGCUGAGCGCCGUCAACAGCGGGAGCUACCGGGGGCUGUGCUGGACCGACCCGGCCCGCAAAGCCUUCCGCAUACCCUGGAAGCACAACUCCAGGAAGGAUGUCACCAGCAGUGACCUGGAGGUCUUCAAGGCCUGGGCAAAGGCGAGUGGGCGGUAUGAGGGGUGCCCUGAGGACCCAGCCAAGUGGAAGACCAACUUCCGCUGUGCCCUAAGGAGCACCCGCAUGUUUGAGCUGCUGGAGGACCACUCCAAGUGUGGUGACGACCCGCACAAGGUCUUUGCCAUCGCCCCAGCUGCCCUCUGCCAUGGCAAGGAGAGAGAUUUCGGCAGCCCUGACCAUGCAGUGGACCAGCAGCCGUUGCACCAGCAGCCACAGCAGCUGGAGCUCAACCCCCAAGACGUGGCCCCAGAAAUCAACCCCCAAGGCAGCACCAACCCCACACGGCCCCCGAUGCUGGAGGACCUAGAGGAGCUGCAGUGGGUGCUGCAGCAGUGCAACAUCUCCCCCCGCGACGCUGACCCCUUGACCCCAUCCUGGGUGCCUCCAGGGGACGCCCCCCACCAGGACACCCUGCUCCAGCCUCACCCGGACCCCAGCCAAAACAACUGCCUCCCCCCGCCAGCAUUUCAGCAAUGGGUGUCCACAGUAGAGCAGCCCUCCUUGGGUGCCUACAGGCCCCCGGACACCAUGGUGCUGGAGGACCAAGGGGCUAUGCCACUGCCGUGCCACCCGUCGGAGGUGACGGGCCCCGUGCUGUCCCCAGGGGAGGCAAUGCUCUUCAUCCCUGCUGCCAGCCCUGCGCCACCGCCACCGCUGCAGGAGGAUAACACAGAUGGCAUUGUCCCCAUCCUGGACGUCAGCAUCUACUACCGCGGGAGGCUCUUCCACCAGGAGGAGGUGGGGGGCAGCCUGUGCCUGCUGGCGUACCAGCCCUCCGACCCGGCAGUGGCCUUGCGCCCCGGGCACCUGGUGCGCUUCCCCAGCCCUGCCGAGCUGGCCGAUGGCAAGCAGCGGCGUUUCACUGAGGAGCUACUGAGCAGCGCAGGGCUGCAGCUGGAGCAACGUGCCCUCAAGCUGUUUGCCACCCGCCUGAAGAAGUGUAAGGUCUUCUGGGCCCUGUCCCAGCAGCUCGAGGGCAUCAGGGACCCUCCGCCCAACCUGCUCUGCCGGGACCAGGAAACCCCCAUCUUUGACUUCAAUGAGUUUUGCACAGAGCUGAGGGACUUCCGCAAUGGCCAAAGGCAGCGGUCCCCUGACUUCACCAUCUACCUCUGCUUUGGGCAGUCCUUCUCCAGCUCCAAGCCCAAGGAGUCCAAGCUCAUCCUGGUCAAGCUGGUGCCUAAGUUCUGCGAGUACUGGUACGAGCAGGUGCUGCGGGAAGGAGCCUCCUCCCUCGACAGUGGCACUGUCAGCCUCCAGCUCUCCGACUCCUUCAGCCUCUUUGAGCUCAUCGAGCACUGCGACAUGCAGCUGGACUGACCCUCACCCACCCUGCUCCCUGUGUGCCCCAGGACAGGCACCAGCCCGUGGGGGGACCAGCAGGCAUCGGGGGCCACACAAACAAGCAGCCCCUCAGGAACAUCAUGGUGGGAUGCCAAUGGUGGGGAUCUUUCCUCCCCUGCUUCCCCCAACACCCCAAGGACAGCUUCACAGGCCAGUCCCAGAGCUGACACAUUGCUUUUCCCCUCCAUCAGCUGCUACUGUGUGUUAUUGUGGAGUGUGGUCAUUUACAGAUCUAUUUUCUUAAGUUUUCUAAGCUUAAAUAUAUAUGUAUAGAAAGGU